AGCUAGCUAAAUGCUAAUUGUGAAAGACAGCAACAUUAUAUUAUAUUCAACGUAACGUUGUCAUCUGAUCUCCUCCAGCGCAGCGCAUUCAUGGACAACCUUGUAUACCUCUGUGUUCCUAUAAUCUUGGUGAUGGUUCAUGUUAUCGGGCAGUUUAUAGUUGAAAGGCUGAGAAAUCUCCCCCCUACCCCUUUUCCGGCGCUUCCGGUGGUGGGGCACCUCUAUCUGCUGCUGCGAAAACAGCAGCCCUUCCACAAGACGCUGUAUGAGGUGGGCAAGAAGUACGGGCGGGUGCUGUUUCUCCGCUUCGGGUCUCGCCCCGUCCUCCUGGUGUCGUGCCCGUCGGCAGCAGAAGAAUGCUUCACCAAGAACGACGUCGUGUUCGCGAACCGGCCUAGACUUCUGGUGGGGAAGUAUUUGGGGUAUAACUAUACCAGUCUUCCGACCUCCUCGUACGGAGAACGGUGGAGGAAUCUGCGUCGAAUCUCCACCAUGGAAGUGCUGUCCUCCCACCGUAUCCAGCAGUUAGCUGAAAUCCGUGCGGAGGAGGUGAAGGCGUUGAUUUGCAGUAUCUUCCGUCGUGAUCACAAGCAGAAGGAGGAGGUGGAGCUAAAGCCGUGGUUGCAUGACUUCACCUUCAACGUGAUGUCAAGAAUGAUAUUUGGAAGAAAGUAUUACGGAGAAAACGUGGAAAACUGGGAAGCAGCAAAGUUGUUCCAAGACAUAUCCAAGGAUCAGAUAAGGGUGAUUCCCAAAGCUAACGUGUUAGACUUCCUGCCUUUCAUGCGAUGGUUUGGGUUCGGAGAUAUUGAGGAAGCACUGAUGAGUAUAUUUGAGAAGAGAGAUAAGUUCAUGCAGAAUGUGAUAGAUGAGCAGCGAAUUAUGAACGCCGACUCCUCUGAUCGGUGUUCCCCUUCCGGUGGUGCUCCACCAAAGCUCACCACCAAGACCGUUUUGGAUGUUCUACUGGAAUUGCAGGCCGACGAACCCCAAUUCUACACUGAUCAGACCAUCAGAGAUCUUUUGCUGGUCUUACUCCAAGCAGGAUCUGAUACUUCUGCAGUAACACUGGAGUGGGCAUUCUCAUAUAUGCUCGACAAUCCCCACGUGUGGAAGAAAGCUCAGGCCGACAUAGACAAACACGUCGGCCACAACCGUCUUGUCGACGAAUCUGAUUUGCCGGAGCUGCCCUACAUCCGCUGCAUCGUCAACGAGACUUUAAGGAUGCACCCCGCGGCGCCGCUGCUCGUCCCUCAUUUCUCCUCCCAGGACUGCACCGUCGCUGGGUUUCGCAUUCCGCGGGGGACCAUUCUGGUGGUCAAUGCUUGGGGGAUACAUCACGACCCUACGGUCUGGGAGGACCCCGAAGUGUUCAACCCCGACAGGUUUCAGGGUGGGAACAAUUUAAUUAAUGGGUGCAGAUUUAUGCCCUUCGGCUCCGGGAGACGUAAGUGUCCCGGCGAGAACUUGGCUAUCCGCGUGCUGGAGUUGGCCGUGGCGUCGUUGCUGCAGUGUUUUGACUGGGAAAGGCCCGGUGGAGAUAACACCACCACGGCGGAGAGUGAAGGCACCGGCGGAUUCACAAUCUCUGCAAUGACUAAUCCUCUCAGGGUUAAGUGCUAUCCUCGUCCCAUUACUCAUCACCUUCUUUCUUAAUUAAACCUCUGCAGAUCAUUAUUAUAUACAUACAGGCUUCAGCUAGUAUGUUUUAAAUC